CGGCGGGCUUGCAGUGGGUCUGCUCCUCCCCUCUGUGUCUGUAACUUCUGCUUUGACUCGCCUCGUCUCUGAACGUCACUCUGUGGUUUAACGGAUUCAGACUCUACAAAACUCCAAACUGUGAGACGCUGCUGAGACGAACAGACGUCUGACUGUCACUGAAUCACCUCAUUGAUAUAAGAAAGAAUCUGAUCACAUGACCUCCAUGGAUGACAUCAUGAACAUCACAGCCUUCACCACUGAGGACCCGUCUGUAAUCAGCGCCUCGCCCACCACCGAAGAGGACUACGACUAUGUGGCCCUGAUGUGUGACCGCGCGUCCGUGCGGGAGUUCAGGGGUCAGUACGAGCCGCCGCUCUUCUGGAUCAUCACCCUGGUGGGUGGAGCUGGGAACCUGGCUGUGGUGUGGAUCUACCUGAACUUCCGGCGGAGACUGAAGACCAUGUCAGACGUGUACCUGCUGAAUCUGGCGGUGGCCGACCUGCUGUUCCUGGUCACGCUGCCGCUGUGGGCGGCCGAGGCAUCGCACGGCUGGAACUUUGGCCCCGCCCUCUGCAAGCUGAACUCUGCCCUGUACAAGGUGAACCUGUUCAGCAGCAUGAUGUUGCUCACCUGCAUCAGUGUCGACCGUUACAUCGUCAUCGUGCAGACCACCAAGGCACAAAACUCUAAGAUGGAGCGGCGCCGCUGCAGCCUGCUGGUGUGCCUGGGGGUGUGGCUUCUGGCUCUGCUGCUUGCCAUGCCGGAGUUUGUGUUUUCCAACACCAAAAACGUGGACAUGCAACAGUACUGCAGGCUGGUGUUCCCUUCUGACCUGGGCAACCACACCAAGAUCCUGGUGCUGUCGCUGCAGGUGAGCAUGGGCUUCUGCCUGCCCUUCAUCAUCAUGGCCUUCUGCUACAGCGUCAUCGUCGCCAAGUUGCUCAAGACCCGAAAUUUCCAGAAGCACAAGGCCAUGCGCGUCAUCCUGGUGGUGGUGGUGGUGUUUGUAAUGUCGCAGCUGCCCUACAAUGGCAUCCUAGUGAUGGAGGCCGCGCAGGCCUCCAACAUGACCAUGACGGACUGCGAGGAGAUGAAACGCUUCGACAUGGUGGGACAGGUGCUGAAAAGUCUGGCCUACAUGCACGCCUGCCUCAAUCCCUUCCUCUACGCUUUCGUGGGCGUGCGUUUCCGCCGCGACAUGAUGCAGCUUCUGCGCAGCUGCGGCUGCAGGCUGCCGACCAACAAGAGCCAGCUGAGCAAGACCAGCAGGAUUCCGCUGAGCUCAACACGAGGCUCGGUGAUGUCCGACGACACCUCGCAGGCCAUGUCCCUGUAAAGCACGACUGAAGAACUCCCAUCUGUGCUGCAGCAGCUGUGAUGCUCCCACACCACUGCUCAUCACUGCUCAUCACCCCCAUCACCCCCCAUAACCCCAUCACCCCCAUCACUCCCCCGUCAAUUCAGCUUCAAACUGCUUUAAACUCUGGAAACAUCCAAUGUGUCUGCUGCUGCCUUUUAAAGACUUCCUACCAAAUUCAGAGCGACAGGGUGGAGCUGAGAGACUGACCAAUUCAAACCACAGAACUGUUCACCUGGAAUCAAAAACAUGCAAAGCCUUGAAUGUACAAUCUCGACAUCGUAAAUCUCAUUUCCAGAACUUUUUCAAUAACCUUUCCCAGGACUUUCUCAGGACUGUUUCCAGGACUUUCUCAGGACCUGCCUCUCUGUUAAAUGUGAAAUUCUUUUCAGCUACAAACUGUGAGACUUUUAGCUGCUGUUAUUGGAGAGUUUUGGGUCAUAUGACCUAUGUUUCCCUCACAUGUUGACUGUGUUGCAUCUUCCUGUUCGAACAGGAAAUGCAUCACAUGAAGGAAGGAAGGAAGGAAGGAAGGAGGGGCCUGUAAAUUCAGCCUCCGCUGCGUCUCUGUCAGGUCAUUUUUUUCUGUUGUAUUUGUUUAAUAAAACACGGUCAGAUUGUUUGGUUGAACACUUCCUUCACACACAACUUGUCCUUUACUGUCAGACUGUGGACAGCCACUGAACAGUGCUGCUAACAGAUGCUAACAGACGCAGCAGGAUGCUAACAUGGAUGUUUGUUUUCUGAUGUAAAUAGUUUGUCAGGAUGUUUUUUUUGUUGUGUACAUAAACGUGGAUCAUGUUUGUGGUUUCACACUGAAGUGCAUGUGAAUGUUCCUUCAUGUGUUAAAUGUUUUUUCGUGUCUGGUGAUAAUCAUUAAAGUGCGAGUAAAACACGCA